AAAGAGCGACCGUCGUGAUUUAUAGCGAUAGCAUAACUCUGUCAAAUAAUCCGAUAAAAAAAAGUAUAAAUACAUGCCGCACCCCAAUCUAUGAGCAGAUUGUAAAAUCGAUCGGUAGAUCUACCAGUGAAUUUUUAUUACAUUUUUUAUUUGGAAAAAAUAUCAUAAUGCAACGUCCAGGCCCAGGAUUUAACCAAGGCUUCGGCCCCGGUGGCAUGAACAACGGCAUGCCCAUGCACCCAGGCGCGCCAGGAGGUCCUGCGAGGUUCAACAACCCAGGAGGUCCUAUGUACGCUCCAGGCUACGGCCAACCUAUGGGAGGCCCACAGCAACCCCACCAGAACUUCCAGCCAAACAAUGGAUGCUUCAUGCCCGCAGCCACCAUCCGCAAGAUCAGCAACACCACGCCACCACAAAGAUUCGACCCCUCGUUUGGUCAAUAAUUCUUGUACCGCCUGAAUCUCUGCCUGUAUAAUAUACCGUUAUGCUAACUUAAGUUAUUGUUAUGUUAUUAAGAUAAGUUUUAAAAUAAACAGUUGUACAACUA